AUCAAGAGUUGCUGUAAAGCUCCCUGAGUACCUGCGAGACGGACUGAACGCGGUGGCCGCCGGUGUGACGUCGAUUACGGUUGACACGUCCAAAGGUCAAUACGCGUCCUUACUUUCCAAAAUCAACCCAUACGUCCUGCAAGACACCGCAAUUCAUCAUGAACGACAGGGGCACUCUGGCGCUGCUGUACUUGCUGCUCCUCGCCCCCUUCUCCCUCGCUGCAGAGGAGCAGAAGGUGCUGGUACCGUCUCAGAUUCGGGGCUUGAACCCCUCUCUCUAUGACAAGUAUGAGCCCACCACAUCUGGUCUCUUUCACUGUCUCGAUGGCUCCAAGACUAUCCCGUCUGCAGCUAUCAACGACGACUAUUGCGACUGUCCGGAUGGUUCAGAUGAGCCUGGAACAGCCGCCUGCAGCGUCGGCUUCUUCUGGUGCAAGAACGAGGGGCAUAUCCCUGGGAACGUUCUAAAGAGUCGAGUGAAUGAUGGCUUGUGCGAGCCAGACUGCUGCGAUGGUUCGGACGAGUGGGCAACGGGCGCUUGUCCCAACAGGUGUGAAGAAGUUGGCAAAGAGUACCGAGAGGCCAAAUCCAAGGCCGACAAGCUCCGAAAGACCGGCUCCAAGAUUCGCAACACCUACAUCAAAUGGGCCCAGGGCGAAAAGCAAAGACUCCAAGAAGAGCUUGACGAGAAGAGGAAGGCCAUCUCGGCCAAGGAGGUUGAGGUGACCAUCGCCAGGGCCGCUUUGGACAAGGCUUCUGCUCAGAGCCAUGAAGAUCUCGAACGCAAGAAGCAGUCUCCCGUAUAUAACUCCCUUCUAUCCCACCGCAGUGCCCUCACCAAGCUCCGCACCAAGACCAAGACUCUCGAGACUGAGAUUGAAGCUCUACACUCUCUCCUGCGCGAGAUGGCCAAAGGCUACAACCCCAACUACCAAGACAUGGCCGUCAAGGCUGCUGUGGUCGGCUACGAGGAGCUCACUGGGAUCAAGUACAGGGAAGGCGAGAGCGAAGAGGGUGAGGUCAAGAAGGAGGAGAAGCCAGAAGCGACGCAGGAGGAGAUCACUGAGAAGGAGCUCCAAGACCUUGAUAAGAUUGAUCUCGACGGUCUCCUUCUCUCGGACACUACCGGUGCAGCUGCCGAAGGUGACGAGGAUGAAGAGGAUGGCCUUUUGUGGAAGAUUGACGAAUACAUUCCCGACAACUUCUAUGACUCUUGGCAAACUAUCCGCGACUUGGCCAUCGAGUGGUCGGUCCGUCUUGGCCUUGCCGGUAAGCCCAAGAACAAGGGCAAUGGUGUCGACGGUCCUCGUAAGUCACAGUUCCCUUUGACACCACUAAUCAUUGAUGAUAGAGGUCGCUGCUGCCCGCGAGAAGCACAGGCUGUUGGAGACCGAGCUUGUCAAGCUCCAGAACGGCAUUCGUUCCAACGAGGAUACUCUCAAAAACAUGGAGUUGCACUAUGGUGUCGAGGCCGAGUGGAAGAAGCUCGAUGGGACUUGCGUAGAGCAGGUGAUCGGGGACUACACUUACGAGCUUUGCUUCUUUGGCAAGGCUACCCAAAAGAGCAACAAGGACGGAUCCUCCAACCUCCUCGGUAAAUUCGACCAAUGGAACGUCGCCGCCUCCGAAGGCACCCUCCCCUACUACUCCCAACAGCUCUAUAAGAAUGGCGCCAAAUGUUGGAACGGUCCGAACCGCAGCGUCGCUGUUGUCCUCUCUUGUGGCACUUCGAACGCUUUACUUUCUGUGGCCGAGCCGGAAAAGUGCGAGUACAGGUUCAAGGUCAGCAGUCCUGCCUUGUGUUGGCCGGAGCAGCAGCCGGUGGUGGAGGGGGAGGUGAAGCAGGAGAGCAAGGAUGAGCUGUAGAAUAGAAAGAAGAUUAACGUGCUCGAUAUAGAUGCAAACGCAAACAUGGAUCUAUAGCA